UGCCAGUUGCACUUUUUGAAAGGAAAAGCCGAAAGAGUUGGGCGGCCAGGUCAGCGCUGAGCGCAGGAGGGGUCCCUUUUGCUUUCUGCCAUGCUGUUUUAGGCCCCGCAAUAGGGACGAUGGAGAACCGUCCCCAUUCCUGCACAUACUGAACGGUGACCAGUACUGCAUUACAUUGCUGAAGCACGCAAUCAGCACGCUUUUUGCUGCGCUGCAGGCUGUCGUUUGGCACGCACCAGAAUCUAUUCUCCGGAUCGUAUUGACUCGGACGCCAGGCGAUAGGAUCAACACCACACGAGCAAAAGAUAUCAUGGUCUCUUCCUUUCAUGCUUUGGCAUCGGAGGGGUCACAAAAUGGGAAAGCGAACAUAAGUAGGAUUCACAGGCGAAGAUGCUCACAAGGUAGCGUGAGCCUUGACUCUUGAAUACAUACCAAUGCCAUAGACCAGGGGUCAGUAAUGGAAGACAAAGUCUGAAUACAGGGCCAGGGCUGCCUGGCUCCUAUAGCUGAAUGCUUCUUCAUUGGGAGUGGAUGCAAGCUGGUCAACAAUACCAAGUAAGGAAAGUCCGAAUUUCUGCUCCUUUGAAGAGCCUGCAACGUCAACCGGUGUUCAUCGGAGAGACCCUGCAAACAUGGAAGCCCCUAACGGCUAAGAGCUGAGCACACUGGGAAGGACUCCAUAGUGAUGGCUGCCACUUUGGGGGAUCGCCGCCCUGCCCUCUCCUUCCCUCUUUGGAGAGGGAAGGGCAAGGGCUCGGGGAACGAGGAUACAUCUGGACACCCAGGUUUUGUACCCCAGGAGACUGGAGAGAAUCCUGUUGACAGCAAUGACUUGCAGGGCCUCUCCAAAAGAGGUUUCCUCUGGCAACGAUUCUAUCACAAGAAGGCAUACAGGGCCCUGCUCUUGGUCUGGCUGGUCUCCGGGCUGGCCGCUGCAGUCGCAGUCUUCACUUUGCUCUAUUCAAGGGGCAAGGGCUUCCGUAAGGACAACUUUGUUCUUGAGUGCGAAAAUCGAGCACAGGUGCUUGAGUCCCAGUUUGUGUGCAACUUCAAUGCAGCGGGGGUUUACACGGGCCUCAUCAUAGAGUUGCCCAAUGCAACCCAGGCUCAGUUUGAAGGUUUUUCAAACGUCACCACGUUCACGCGCCCCCGUACAGUGUCUGUUGUUUAUCUAAGGAGAGUGCUGGCAAAGGACCGAGCAGCAUAUGAGGCACAGACUGGCCGCCCUAUCCUGGUUUGGGACAUCCUUCCUGACAACCUGACCGUCACAUUUUCGCCUGCGCCUGCAUACCCUGAGGAGUACACUCCGGUGCACCUAGUGUCAACGCCCGUAAACGUGAAAUACUUGGGGUUUGAUUCAUUGUCAGACCCUACGCUUGGUGCUGCAGUCGCGCAGGCACGCGACGGCGGCUGCCUGUCAAUCACCAAGCCCAGCUCGUUGGCCGCCAUCCGGAGAGUGACCGGCUACUACCCUGUUUACACCAAGGGCUUCAAACCUUUUUUGGCUAGUGUGACCCAGCGCCGGGCGGCGUGCACCGGCUUCGUGGGGGCAACCUUCAACCUCUACACGCUCUUUCAGGAAGCGCUACAGCCAUACCGGGAGCAUGAGGGCGACUCCCUUGACAUUUACGGCUUUGACGUCACCAACGGCGCGGCGCCCAUAUUCCUCUACGGCAACCGCAUCCACGAGCUGAACGACACCGCGGUGGCCGCGCUGCUUCCUUCCAAGUACGACCACUCGACGCGCUUCAACGUGGGGAACAACACUUACGAGAUUCGGUGCAAGAACCCGUCCAACAUGGCGCUGGACGCCGCCGAAAACGCGGUCACGUGGCUCGCGCUGAUCCUGGUCAUAGUCGUACUGAGCAGCAUCGUGAUGCACGUGCAGUUCAAGCGAAUGGAGGCGGUGGAAGCGGACAUACGUAAGAUGAGCCGCCUCAAUCUGGAGCUGACCAAAGCCAAACUGGCCGCCGAGGCUGCGGACAGGGCCAAGACGCAGUUCGUGUCGACUGUGUCGCACGAGAUCAGGACGCCGAUGAACGGCAUGAUCGGAAUGACAAAUUUGCUGCUCUCGACCGACCUAGACCCCCAGCAACUAGACUACGUCAAGACCGCGCACGCCAGCGGGAAUGCGCUCGUCCAAAUCGUGUCGGACGUGCUGGACCUGUCCAGAAUCGAGGCUGGCAAGAUGGACCUGGAAGAAGUCAUUUUCGACAUCCGGGCCGAGUUGGACGACAUACUGGGCCUCUUCGAGGACAAGGCGCGGCAGCGGCAGCUGGAGCUGGGAGGCCUUGUUCUGGACGAGGUGCCCCCACGUCUAGUUGGCGAUCUCGGGCGCAUCCGCCAAGUGCUCAUCAACCUCGUCGGCAACGCGGUCAAGUUCACCAAGGGCGGGAGCGUCUUCGUCUGCAUCCAAGUGCAGCCGCAGCCGAGCGGCCGCGGCUCACUCUCCUCCCCUCCGCUCGACCCCCCGUCAAACACCCCCCCCGGAUCGCCAAAAGCGUCUUCCUGGGGAGGCAGCUUCGGUUCGGGGGGCCCAGCCACCGAUGGCAACGACUUCGACUGCAGCGUUUCUCACGUUAGCCAAGGGACGUUUCUCGCGGAGCGGGGACUGUUCCUCAACCUCAGCCCCCCCAGCACCGCGGCCUGGCAGACCGGGGCUGACGUCAGCGCCGUCAGCGCGCGCGCGUGCGAGUGCGCGGACGCGGUGCGGCUCGUGAUGACGGUGGAAGACACCGGGAUCGGCAUCCCCCCCCGGCGCCAGGCGCGGCUCUUCCAGCCGUUCUUCCGAGGCGACAGCGGCACCGGCACUGCCCGGGAGUACGGCGGCAGCGGCUGCGGCCUGUCCAUCAGCCAGAAGUUGGUUGGGCUCAUGGGCGGCAAAAUGGCCUUUUUCAGCGAGGUCGGGGCGGGGAGCAUCUUCGCCUUCGACGUGUGCUUACACACCCCGUCCGCAAAACUCGCGGCGACGCGGGGCCGCCCGUCGCUCGCCACGGGGGGGUCCGUACCUGCGGCCAUCUGCCUCCCCAGUCCGUCCCCGCUCGCAGCGGGGGGGGCGGUUAUUGUGGAUAUCACCCCCCGGCCUCGCGUGGAGUGCACGUCGUCCGCAGUCGUAGACUCGGCGAUCCCUGCCCCUGUGACCGGAACGAAGAACGGAACCAAGCCGAUGGACGGAACGGACGACACGCUCCAGGGGAUGGAGAUGUUGGUGGUCGCCCCCCACUCCGUGCGGCUGCGAGUGGCGCUCAGUCUCGCGCGGCGGAUUGGAAUGCGGGCCAUCGGGGUGGACAGCUUCGCACAGGGUUUGGAAGCUUUGCGCAAAGAGGGAGCGACUGUCGAACUCGCAACCAACAUCAAACCAUCUGGCUUGCGGAAGGUCCACGCAGUCAAUGACGUCAGUCCCGGGCACGUAGCUUCCGCUCAAACCCACAGCCCCCGAACACCAUUCCGCCUGGUCCUCGUUGACCUGGACUCAGCCCCUCUAGACGAAGUUUGCGCUUUUGCGCAAGCGCUCCGAGGGGUCUCCAUGCUGGGCAAAACCAUCCCCCUGGUCGCGCUCGCCUCGAAAUGCGACGGGGCGUCUGAGGCGCGCAUUCGAGAGGCGGGCUUCGGCCACGUGGUACCGAAACCCCUCCGAGAGGGAUCCCUGGGCGUACAGCUGCGGCAGGCGAUGGGGAUCGAGCUGAGGAAAUCGACGGCCAGGAAUAACAAGGAGAUUAGCCCGUCGAUCAAGGGGCGACGCGUCCUGGCCGUUGAUGACACACUCCUGAAUCUGAAGGUUGCUAGCAGCACGCUGGCCGCCCUAGGCUGCGUGGCGGUCUGUGCAGACAGCGGGGAAGCGGCGAUCAGAGAGUUCCUGAACAGCAAGUUUGACCUCGUCCUCAUGGACUGCCAGAUGCCGGGAAUGGACGGCUACGAGGCAGUCCGCCGCAUCCGCUACCUAGAGGCCGUGCGCUGCCGGCAGUCUGCCGAGCUCAACGGAUCCCCGGCUGACGUGGCUGCUGACGUCAGCAAGGAGUACCCGGAUCCCUUGAGCACGUGGCGGGAGGACCUCCCAAAGUCGGACUACUACCACGUGGCAGGAUGCGCCUGCCACCGGACGCCGAUCUGCGCACUCACUGCUGACGUCAUGGCGGGGACGCGCGCGCUCUGCGAGGCGGCGGGCAUGGACGAGUAUCUGACGAAACCACUUAACCAGGAAAAGCUACGGAAAAUGUUGUCUCGGUUCUUCGAACGUCCAACCGAGAUGAUCUGAAGGGAGCCGAGGGCAAUACGUCAAACCAAAAACUCGUCAAGCAAUGUAAUAUAGGGAGAGGUUCCGUGAUCGAGCCCGAGCCUACACAAAAGCGUUGCUUGGCAUUUGUGGCUUCCAACUCCUGAAGCAUUGAAAUGAAAUUAGGCAUUCAUCCGCUCAAGAGAAGGGGCCGGAGUAGGAAAUCGAAGCGUUGGACUGAAUUCUAAUGGGCUGGGACGGGAAUAGGGACGCAUUCACUACAGCAGACCGGGUUGGUUGUCAGCGGACUCCACUUAGCAAGUCACCGGAGCCCUCGGAAGACCAGGUGUUAUGGGUCUUCUGAGGACACAAAAAAGACGGCGCGGUUUAAGUUGCAUGACCUCCGGCUUCGCAUCGAAAUGGUGCACGAGUGCGAACGUCCUCCGGGUGACCUGAGGACGCCGCAAUGGUAGUCAUUUGCUUCAAAACUGUCUAAGAAAAAGUCAAACGAGUUACAUUGCAGGUCCCAAGCAUGUCAGCAUGAGGUUGGAACGUUGGUUGGCAGGAGGUUCAGGUAGACAUCUAUGAGGUAGGGGGUACGUUAUAGGGGGGCGCACAGAAGCCAACAGGCCCUGUUGUGGGUGAGUCGGACCUCCAUAUCAGUUAGUUUAUUGUACAAUCUCCUCCAAGUACUAUCCUUUAACGUGUUGAAUAAGACUGUACCAGGUGACACUCAAUGAUGCGUUCGUUCGUUCGUAAAGACUGACCCGUUGUGUACGGCAUAGUUGAUCAUAAGUUGAGCACGUAAACGAUGGACCAUGUCACGACCGUAGUGUUAAGAUAAGAUAAGAUAUGGUACACAUAUACCGCGAAAUGCAACCUGGACCGAACCCGUUCAACUUUGAUUGUCUGCGCUG